AUCUUGUUCAGAAGUAUAUAUAUCUUCCCAAAGUCCAUACAUUAGCCAACCCUUUCGUACCACAAACCUCAUAGAGAGCCUGCACAGAAGUUUCGUAUUCAUGGCUUCCAACCACCAAAACAAUGCCCCUAAUGAAGUGGUGGUUGUCAUGGUUCCUUUACCGGCACAAGGCCACCUCAACCAGCUCCUCCACCUCUCCCGCCUCAUCUCCGCCUACAACAUCCCCGUUCACUUUGUCGGAACCCCCAAUCACAACCGUCAAGCCAAGGUCCGAGUCCACGGCUGGGAUCAAACCUCAGACGUCAAAAACACGAUCCACUUCCAUGACUUCAUCAUCCCUCCUGUCUUUUGCCCUCCUCCCAACCCCAAUGCACCAAACAAGUUCCCUUCUCAUCUCCUACCCACGUUUGAAGCCACCACCCAUCUCCGCCACCCUGUCGCCGCACUUCUACGAAAUCUAGCCUCCCAAACAAGGCGAGUGGUGGUCAUCCACGACUCCAUCAUGGCUUCCGUCAUCCAAGACAUUGGUUCUAUCGUCAACGGCGAGUCUUACACGUUCCACACUGUCUCCGCCUUCGCCGUCUUCUUGUUCUUGUGGGAAGGAAUUGCAUGUCCACCUGAACUCGAAGGGGUACAAGUCAAGAGUAAGAUCCCCGAUACCACCCCGGGUCUGGAGGAUUGCUUCCCCGACGAGUUCUUGAAUUUUAUUGUUACACAGUAUGAAUACACAGUGCACAACUCCGGGAACAUCUACAACGCCAGCAGAACCAUAGAAGGUGAGUACAUUGAUUUACUGAACAAACUUGGUGAUAACAAGAAGCAUUGGGCUGUUGGGCCGUUCAACCCAGUUUUAGUACCGGAAAAAAAAGAAGGCUCAAAUGAUGGUAAAAGGCACGCCUGCUUGGAUUGGCUUGAUAAACAAGAACCAAACUCGGUGAUCUACGUGUCGUUUGGGACAACAACAUGCAUGACAGACGAGCAGAUCAAGGAGCUGGCUAUUGGGUUGGAACAAAGCAACCAGAAGUUCAUUUGGGUGUUGAGGGAUGCUGAUAAAGGUGACCUUUUCAUUGACGGAGACCAAGUUAGAAAGGCUGAGCUUCCAGAAGGGUACGAAGAGAAAGUGAAAGAUAGGGGAGUAGUGGUCAGAGAUUGGGCGCCCCAAUUGGAGAUUUUGUCCCACAAUUCAACUGCUUGGUUUCUGAGUCACUGUGGAUGGAACUCGUGCAUGGAGAGCCUCACUUUGGGAGUGCCCAUAGCAUGUUGGCCGAUGCACUCAGACCAACCGAGGAACACGACUUUGGUGACGAGGGUGCUCAAAGUUGGUCUCGUUAUAAGGGAUUGGGAGAGAAGGAACGAGCUUAUUACGUCGUCAAUGGUGAAAGAUGGUGUGGAGAAACUGAUGGGAUAUGGAGAAGUGGAUGAGAUAAGGAAGAAGGCAAGAGAGUUGGGUGCUGCCGUAAGAGGAUCUAUGGUGGAAGGUGGAGAUUCUCGCGUGGAGUUGUCUUCUUUUAUUGCUCACAUCACCAGAUAAUUAUGAUGAUCGAAAAUGGGAAUGUACGUAGUAUUGGGAAGAAUUGAUGUAUGAUAAUCAGUUGCGAAAAAGACUACUAGUUCAUGCCCCGUCUUUUUGUAACCACUUUGGAAAGCAAAGCACAACAACUGUAUGAAGUACCAUCUUGAAUUUUUCUUUUAAGUA